AAAAUACUCACUUAUAUAAAUUAUCACUACUCUUUACAUCCAACCCCGUUGAAGCCCCCCUCCCCCUUCUAUCUCUCUCCUAUCUUUAUCGGUUUCAGUGAAAAUGGGGACGAACACCACAGACACAGAGCCGCCAUCGAGAAUGCAUGUCAACGAAAACCACACUCAUUUACACCACCACCACCAACAACACCACCAAUACCAUCACCGUGACAUUCUCCCGGAAUCCACCAUUCUUGUGGUUGUCAUCCCCAUCGUUCUUGUCAUUUUACUCCUUGCAAUUUCUCUAAUUGUAGCAUUGCUCCGCCGUGUAAAAUCUCCAAAACCAAAUGGAAACACCAAACACAACCAAAAUUGCAUGUUCAUCUCUCAUAGCAUCAUAACAUUCGAUGGUGGCCCAGAUGGGAAGCGGGGGUGUAUCUACGGAGGAAGCCCAUGCAGCCUGCCAUUAGCAACAUCUAGAGGUGUACAAGUAUUCACAUAUAAAGAGCUGGAAUCAGCUACGGGAAACUUCACCCAAGCUAACCUUGUGGGCAAGGGUAGUUUCGGUAUGGUUUACCGAGGGGUACUCCGUGACGGCACCGUUUGUGCUAUUAAAUUGCUUCACAGGGAAGGGAAGCAAGCUGAACGUGCUUUUCGGUCGGAGGUGGAUUUACUAAGUCGUCUACAGUGUCCGUAUUUGGUGGACCUGCUUGGAUACUGUGCUGAUAAUCAACACAGGCUCCUUGUAUUCGAAUAUAUGGCAAAUGGUACUCUUCACGAUCACCUCCACUCUUCUGAUGCACGAUCUCAAGCACUGAUUUGGGGCAUCCGGAUGAGAAUCGCCCUCAAUUCCGCAAAGGCACUUGAGUUCCUCCAUGAACACAUCACACCAUCUAUCAUACACCGUGAUUUUAAAUCAUCAAACAUUUUGUUAGACGAAAAUUUUCGAGGAAAGGUCACCGAUUUUGGGCUGGCCAAGAUCGGAUCAGACAAACUCAACGGUCUGAUCUCGACCCGUGUUUUGGGAACCACGGGAUAUCUAGCACCUGAGUAUGCUUCAACUGGAAAGCUAACAACCAAAUCAGAUGUCUAUAGCUACGGUGUUGUUUUGCUAGAACUCUUAACGGGACGUGUACCUAUCGACACAAACCGACCACCUGGAGAACAUGUCCUUGUCUCUUGGGCUCUUCCAAGGUUAACAAAUAGAGCUCAAGUUGUCGAAAUGGUUGAUCCAAAUCUACAUGGUCAAUACUCAAGAAAGGAUCUAAUUCAGGUAGCCGCAAUCGCAGCCAUGUGUGUGCAAACCGAAGCCGAUUAUCGGCCACUAAUGACAGACGUUGUACAAUCCUUGAUUCCAAUAGUAAACAAUUUAUCUGCGGGGAGUGCUUCUAGUUCUUUUAGGUUUAGUAAACGAGUAAGCCCUAGAUCUUAG